UUUUUUCCUGCCUUUACUCACGCUUCAUUUUCGAUCAACAUAUAUUUAAUUUAUAAUUUCUUUGAGUUCCAAGUUCGCCUUUCCGAUUCAGGAUGAAGGCGGGCUUUUAUGGAUUGAAGGGUAAAGAAAUUUCCCUUAUCUCCUUUGUUCUUAUGUCCACAACUAUUGUUAUAUGGUCAUGGGAGAGAACGCCUGGUGCAUUUGUUCCGUCUCAGACAUUGAUGCAGUUUUCUUCAGAUGAAGAUGCAAAACAAUUUGUGGAAGCUGGGGAAAACCGUAGUGUACCCACUCUUUCAAUUCCAACAAAAAAUGAGGUUAAAUGGAAUGAAGCAGAGGUGGAGAAAACUUCAAAACAAGAAAAACAUAGAACAGAUCUUGCUGUGGACUCUUCACAAGGGAGCUCUUUAAUCACUGGAAAAGAUGACAUCCAUUUUAAAAAUGAUACAGAAAACAAAGUCUGUAACUAUGCAAAAGGAAAAUGGGUUCCAGACAGCCACCGGCCUUUGUAUUCAGGAUUAGGUUGCAAGCAAUGGUUGUCAGGGAUGUGGGCUUGCCGCUUGACACAACGCACUGAUUUUGCAUAUGAGGGGUUUCAAUGGAAACCAAAAGAUUGUCAAAUGGAGGAAUUUGAAGGAUUUAAAUUUUUGCAAAGGAUGCAACACAGAACUCUAGCCUUUGUUGGAGACUCAUUGGGCCGGCAGCAGUUUCAAUCUUUAAUGUGCAUGAUCACUGGUGGUGAGGAGACAAAUGAUGUGGAAGAUGUGGGGAAUGAGUAUGGUUUGGUUGUAGCUGAGGGUGCUGCCCGCCCUGAUGGGUGGGCUUACCAUUUCAUGAGCACCAAUACUACCAUUCUAUACUACUGGUCAGCAAUUCUAUGUGAUAUCAAACCUAUCAAUGCUAGUGAUCCAGGGACAGAGUAUGCAAUGCAUCUUGACCGGCAGCCAGCAUUCUUGCGCCAAUUCCUUCACAAGUUUGAUGUGCUGGUUCUCAACACAGGCCACCAUUGGAAUCGGGGAAAGCUCAGGGCUAAUAGGUGGGUAAUGCAUGUUGGAGGUGUGCUAAAUACUGAUAAGAAGAUUGCAGUGGUUUGGGGUGCCAAGAAUCUCACUGUUCACAGUGUGGUUAGUUGGGUGAACUCGCAGCUUCCAGUCUAUCCGGGUCUGAAGGUAUUCUUUCGGACCACCUCCCCAAGGCAUUUUGCUGGUGGGGACUGGAACACGGGAGGCAGCUGUAAUAACACGACACCAAUGUCGGUAGGUAAGGAAAUAUUGGAUGAAGAAUCGAUGGAUAACGUUGUUGCAAAUGCAGUGAAGGGAACAGGGGUCAAGCUCUUGGACAUAACGGCUCUCUCUCAGCUUAGGGAUGAGGGUCAUAUAUCACGUUUUAGCAUUACAGCCAAGCCUGGUGUGCAGGAUUGCUUACAUUGGUGUUUGCCUGGCAUUCCUGAUACAUGGAAUGAAAUAAUGUUUGCCCAAAUAUAGUUUACACACUAUCUUUGGGUGGCCUGAAAAGGUGUUACAGACAUUUAUUGGCUAAUCAAAAGUCACUCACACUUCCUAUCCAAUGGCUUAGAGGAUGCAAUCGUGGGGAUACAAGAUCCUUAACAGGGUUGGAACUCAUGAGCUGAUCUUUAAUAUGACAUUCCCUCUUAAAUUUCUUCGGUCGUCCAAAUCAAAUGUGGGGUUUUCUAUACAGCCUUGGUUAAAUAUAUAAUUUUUACCUCUUACAUGGCUGGUUGCAUCCUCACG